CCUUACACAAUCCCAAAAACGUGUGCUUUCACUUGCCCGCUGCUGAACCAAGCCAAAAAGUACUAAAAAGUUGACGUGUUUCGAAACACCGCCCCCAGCACCCCUUGGCACGCGACAGACAACCCGCAAAGUCCGUUCCACCUUCCACGGCCUCCGCUCCUAGGCGGACCACUAAUGUUGCCACCAUGCGAUGGCGGUGCCUCGUAUAACCCCCGACGCGUCCUAAAAUAUCCGCCGACAUGCAGACUGCUGGGUGUUUUGGGACUAGCAAUCUGUGGGGGAGUACCGAAUCAGUACAGUCGCAAGCCAAGUAUCGUCGCCAUGUUCGUUUCGCUCGCUGCCUUUUUCACAGCUUCAGCGCUGGCGUCGCCGUUGGCAUCGCCGCUAGCUGCACAGCCGACAGCGCGCGAUGUACAAUGUCAGGGUAUAUCGGGCCCGUUUCUGGGCUCAUCAUUCCCGGAUCCAUCCAUCACAAACGAGGGCGGAACUUGGUACUCAUUCGGCACCGGGAAUGGCAAGGAUUUCCAGAGCGCAAAGACUACAGACUUCAAGAAGGGCUGGACCCGCUUCAAGACGAGUCCGCUCCUCGCGAUCAGAGAAGCAACAUGGGCCGGACAGAUGGAGAGUGGAAGUUCGGGGCUCUGGGCGCCGGACGUGAUGAGGAGGACUGACGGAAAAUAUGUCAUGUACUUUGCGGCGCAAGACAAGCAGAAGAUUUCCCAGCACUGUAUCGGAGGCGCAAUCGCCGACACCAUCGAAGGUCCCUAUCACCCCGUGAACGACUUCCACCAAUGCAAUCGCACCGCAAACGGCGUCAUCGACCCCGCGUGGUUUAAAGACACAGACAACAAGCAGUACAUCGUCUAUAAGACCGAGAUCCCCGCAAACUUCCUCGAGAUCCGCGAAGUCGCCAAUUCCGGCGCCAAAGAAGGCGUGCAGUGGACCAGCAACGCAGUGCAACUCCUCAAAGUCAACGGCCAGGGCUUCAGCGACGGCAACAACAUGGAAGCGCCGUAUCUCUUCAAGCGCGGGGACGUGUACUUUUUGACGUACAGCACGCAUAUCACGAUGGACGGGAGCUAUGAUGUGCAGUAUGCGACGGCGAAGAGUGUGUGGGGGCCGUAUACGCGUGUUAAGGAGCCUCUGCUGAAGAGUGGGACGCAGUAUGGGUGUAAGCUGGUUGGGCCGGGGGGCGCGAGUUUUCAGCGGUUUGUGGGCUUGGGGAAGGGUGAGGAGGGGACGAGGAUCGUUUUCCAUGGGUUGACGGAGGAGAUGAGCAUCAACAAGCGCGUCGUGUAUACGGCUGAUGUCAAGGUGAAGGGGGAUAAGCUUUCUAUUCCUUCGUUGAGGAGGUAGGGGCGGUGGUUCGAGGGAGGCGUUCGGGCUGUUUCAGUUAUGCCAGGUGUUUCCCAAGAGAUCCCAUUCCUCGUAUGUUCUAGGCAUAUGGCUGCCCCCACCUCACCUCGGUAU